AUCGUUAGUUUAUACCAUUGGUUGUGUCUUUAAGGUAGCAUACUCCAAACAUCGGGUAUACGUAAUAUUAUUAUCAAUUUCAUGACAUGCUCACUUGUCAUUACGGCAGAGAGAACCAGAGACCAGCAACAACUGACGUAUUUGGUGCCUAUGUGAUCCACGAAGUUGCAUCCUACUGAGUGUUUCCUGUUAAAAUGUCAGUUCAGAUGUUGAAGAUGUGGCAGGAUCUGCUUCUGCUGUAUUUCGUUACAAUUCUGUUAAACGAAGAACUUGCCUCGCAGGCAAUGACGUCAUCCUCUUGCCCGCCAUCAUGUAAAUGUGAUGUUUCACGACGGUACAUCACAUGCUUUGAAGAUUUUAUUACGCCGUUGCCUUUUUUAUUUCCAAAUGAUACGAGACAACUUGAAAUACGAAAGCAGUAUCUACCAGUUCUUAACGCCUCAAUGUUCGCCAACCUCGCACAACUUAGAAAGUUGCUGCUGUCCGCAAGUGCCAUAGAAGAAAUCGAGAAUGAUUUUACAAAGCUCCAGAAAUUGAAACGAUUAGAACUCAGUAAAAACAAUCUUAGUGAUUUAGUAUUUAACACUAUCGGGCAGAUGAAGCAGUUGAAGGAGUUAAUUCUAGAUGACAAUUUACUCACACUUGCUGGAAACAACGUGUUUAAUAGCUUAGAGAACGUUGAGCUUUUGAGUUUAUCUGGAAAUCAAAUUGAAGAUGUGCCACCUCUACGUGGUCUGGAGGAGUUACAGAAGUUGUACUUGUCAAACAACUUCAUUCAAACAAUAAACAGAAGCACAUUUAAUAAUCUUUACAAAUUGGAGGAACUUUAUCUGCAAGGUAACCUUAUAACUCAGAUAGAACCCGGGUGGGCAAACAAUCUCCGUGUUCUUCGUCAAUUAGAUUUGUCAGAAAACAUACUUAGCUUGCAACCGUCACGCAACGUGAUCGGACUUCAGAAGAAUUCUCUAUUGGAGACGUUGUCUCUUUCAAAUAAUUCUUUACUACAAAUACCUUGUCAUGAUAUUUCCAAAACAAAGUAUUUAAUCAAAUUUAAUUUAACUUACAAUAACAUAAGAAAUCUUGAAAAUGAGUGUUUAAACAAACUUACAUACCUGGAGAUAUUGGACUUGACACAUAACAAAAUAGAGAAUAUAGAAAAUAAUGCAUUACAGUCAAUGUCAAAGUUGAAGAAUUUAUUUUUGAUAGAAAACAAACUUAAAAAUGUACCAUCGUGUUGGCUGAACGGUUCAAGGGUUAAUCUUGUGAACUUGGCCCACAAUGACAUCGUUUUUAUAUCAAACGACACUUUUUCUGGGCUGGAAUAUCUUGAACGUGUAUAUUUAUCGUACAAUAAUAUUUCAUCAGUUGCAUCCGGAGCAUUUUGUGGCACCAACAUCCGUGUAUUAAAAAUAGAUUUUAACAAAUUGCAGGCCAUUAACAGAUCGCAACUUGAAUGUGCAACGAAUCUGGAAGUCUUAGCUCUCAACAACAACUUCAUACAAGAAAUUGAUCCCAUAGCAUUCUAUGACAUUCGUCUAUUCAAACUUUAUCUUCACUCGAAUCAACUUGAAAGCAUUUCACAUAAAUUGAUACUACCUAAUGAUUACGUAAUGUUAACGCUUCACAAUAACCCUUGGGUGUGUGAUUGUCGAAUUGAGUGGAUGAAAGAUUACCUACUCCUUUACGCGCAGCUUGGCAGCAACGUUACUUUUACCCAAAGUGUCAUUCAAACUGAAGUCAUAUGUGCUGGACCAAAAUACUUUGCUGGUGAACAUAUGUCCAUUUCUGUUAAAUACGACAACGAAUUUGAUUACCAGUUGAUUUGUUCAACUUUCCCUUCGCCUUUGACUAUUAAGUUGAUUUUAGGAAUUUCUAUUUCAACUAUUGGUUUUGCAGUUUUCGUGAGCAUAGUGAAGUUAUUUUUGUUUCCUGUUAAAAUGUCAGUUCAGAGGCUGAAGAUAUGGCAGGAUCUGCUUCUUCUGUAUUUCGCUACAAUUCUACUAAACGAAGAACUUGCCUCAGAGGCAAUGAUGUCAUCUUCUUGCCCGCCAUCAUGUAAAUGUGAUGUUUCACGAAAGUAUGUCACAUGUUUUGAAGAUAGGCUUAAUAUUACGUCAUUGCCAUUUUUAUUUCCAAAUGAUACGAGACAACUUGAAAUACGAAAGCAGUCUCUACCAGUUCUUAACGCCUCAAUGUUUGCUAACCUCGCACAUCUUCGGAAGUUGCUUCUUUCUGCAAGUUGCAUACAAGAAAUCGAGAAUGAUUUUACAAAGCUGCAGAAAUUGAAACGAUUAGAUCUUAGUGAAAACAAGCUUGGCGAUUUAGUAUUUAACACUAUUGGGCAGAUGAAGCAGUUGAAGGAGUUAAUUCUAGAUGACAAUUUACUCACACUUGCUGGAAACAACGUGUUUAUUAGCUUAGAGAACGUUGAGCUUUUGAGUUUAUCUGGAAAUCAAAUUGAAGAUGUGCCACCUCUACGUGGUCUGGAGGAGUUACAGAAGUUGUACUUGUCAAACAACUUCAUUCAAACAAUAAACAGAAGCACAUUUAAUAAUCUUUACAAAUUAGAAGAACUUUAUCUGCAAGGUAACCUCAUAACUCAACUAGAACCUGGAUGGGCGAACAAUCUUCAUGUUCUUCGUCAUUUAGAGUUAUCAGAAAACAUACUUGGCGUGCAACCGUCACGCAACGUGAUCGGACUUCAGAAGAACUGUCUAUUGGAGACGUUGUCUCUUUCAGAUAAUUCUUUACUACAAAUACCUUGUCAUGAUAUUUCCAGAACAAAGUAUUUAAUCAAACUUAAUUUAUCUUACAAUAACAUAAGCAUUCUUGAAAAUGGGUGUUUAAACAAACUUACAAACCUGGAGAUAAUAGACUUGAAACAUAACGAAAUAGAAAAUAUUGAAAAUAAAGCACUGCAGUCAAUGCCAACUUUGAAGUAUCUAUUAUUGCAAGAAAAUAUUCUUACAUACCUGCCAGCAUACUGGUUGAAGGGUUCUAGUGUUGACUUGUUGAACUUAACCCACAAUGAUCUUCUUUAUAUAUCAAAUGACUCGUUUGCCGGGGUGGCAUAUCUUGAAGUCGUCUUAUUAUCGUACAAUCGAAUUUCAUCUUUUGCAUCCGGAGCAUUUUGUGACGGGGGUAUCAAUGUAUUAAUGCUUGAUUUUAAUGAACUGCAAGCCAUUUAUAAAACACAAAUUGAAUGUGCAACAAGUUUGGUGGCCUUGGAUCUGAACAAUAACUUCAUACAAGAAAUCGACGCCGCAGCAUUUGACGGUAUUCAUCUAUUAGAACUUUACCUUCAUUCAAAUCAACUUGAAACCAUUUCACAUAAAUUAAUAUUAUCUAAUAAUUACACGAUGUUAACGCUUCACAGUAACCCUUGGAUGUGUGAUUGUCGAAUUCGAUGGAUGAAGGAAUACAUAGACCUCCACAGCCUGGCUGGUAGCACAACCUAUGUCCAAAGAGUCAUCGAAACUGAUGUCAUAUGCGCUUCUCCAACUCCAAAGGCUGACACACCAGUAGCCAUGAUUUUUAGCACGUAUAGCAUGGUGUGUUCAACGUUUCCGUCACCUUUGACUAUUAAGUUGAUUUUAGGAAUCUCUAUUUCAAUUAUUGGUAUUGUAGUUUCAGUGAAUAUAAUUAAGUUAUACUGUCGAUAUAGAAAGUUGGAAAAGUUUGAUAAAGACAGAGAAGGUGAAAAAACGACGUAUUCUUUGUAGGUCAAUGUACUUGUAUCACUUUUGAGAUAAUAGAUUCAGAUUGUUUGUGACAGUAUUAACAGGUCGACGUCUUAGCAUCGGGCAUUUUGAUAAUGAUAUUUAUAACAUUAUAAUAUUUUAUUAGAAAGAUUGUGGGUUGUGCUUGGUGCCACCAAGCACAACCCACAAUGUAUGAAUAUGUUACAUCCCAACAAACGGUUGGUGUGUGCAAUACAACUUUAAUGUAUACAAAAUAUAUUAUAUAGUUUAUAGUAUAUAGUUUAUAACUUUUCAAAUAAAAUACAAUGGUUCACUGA